UCAAACUUAUAUUUUGUCUUCUUCCAUACUUCACUGUCGAUUUGAACUUCCAAGUAGUGGUUAGACUGAUAAUAUUUUGUCACCAAAACAAAGGAAAGAAGAGUAAGAGAGAGAAAGCAUGGAAGAAAAGCAGCCAACCUCAAUUAUAUGCAGCAACAACAUCCCUCUGCUAAUCAAACCACCAGAAAACGUCUCUCCAGCAACUGCAGUUGUUAUAUUCAGCACAUUGGUUGCUAUUUGUGGUUCCUUUGUUUUUGGUUCUGCUGUGGGCUUUACAUCACCUACUGAAUCUGGAAUGAUCUCUGACCUAGGCCUGACUUUGGCUCAGUACUCAAUCUUUGGAUCGAUAUUGACGAUUGGAGCAAUGGCAGGUGCGAUUGUAAGUGGCAAGAUAGCAGACCGUUUUGGUAGAAGGGGUGCUAUGGCAUUCUCGGAAAUUCUUUGCCUUGCAGGAUUUCUUGCCAUUGUAUUUGCAAAGGUGGCAUGGUUACUUGAUACAGCUAGGCUCCUAAUCGGUGUUGGAAUUGGGAUCCUCUCUUAUGUAGUGCCUGUGUAUGUAGCCGAAAUAACCCCUAAAAAUCUUAGAGGAGGAUUUACAGCAGCACAUCAGUUGAUGAUUUGCUGUGGUGUAUCAACAAUGUGGCUUAUUGGAACUAUCAUUCAUUGGCGCGUCCUCGCCUUAAUUGGGGCUGUUCCAUGUAUUCUACAAUUUCUUGGUUUAUUCUUCAUCCCAGAGUCCCCACGGUGGCUUGCAAAUAAUUCAAGAUGGGAAGAUUGUGAAGAUGUUCUUAAGUACCUUAGAGGACAGAACGCCGAUACUUCAGUUGAAGCUGCUGAGAUUAGGGAGUAUACAGAAACUCUUCAACACUUAUCUAAAGCAAAGCUUCUCGACUUAUUCCAAAGAGAAUACACCCGUUCCCUGAUAGUUGGAGUUGGGCUGAUGGUCUUCCAACAAUUUGGAGGUGUUAAUGGGAUUGCAUUUUAUGCAAGUUCUAUAUUCGAAUCUGCUGGUUUUUCAGGAAGGGUGGGGACAAUAGCAAUGGUUACAGUGCAGGUUCCUAUGACUGUUUUGGGCAUGCUAUUAAUGGAUAAAUCUGGACGACGACCUCUUCUAAUGAUUUCAGCAACUGGGACUUGCUUGGGUUGCUUCUUGACAGGAUUGUCAUUCUUGCUUCAGGAUCUUCAUAUGUGGACUACUGAAGCUCCCUUUUUGGCACUAGUUGGAGUGUUGGUUUUUACCGCAUCCUUCUCAUUGGGCAUGGGUGGCGUACCAUGGGUUAUUAUGUCCGAGAUUUUUCCUAUUAAUGUGAAGGGUUUAGCUGGUAGUCUUGUGACAGUAGUAAAUUGGCUCGGUUCAUGGAUGAUUUCAUUUGCUUUCAACUUCUUGAUGAGCUGGAGCUCCCCUGGCACUUUCUUCAUAUUCUCUGUGAUUUGUGGUUCAACCGUCGUGUUUGUUGCAUUGCUGGUACCUGAGACUAAGGGGCGUACAUUGGAGGAGAUACAAGCAUCGAUGAAUCCUUUAACAUCGAGAUAGAAGUAUAGAACUUUUGUCUUUGAAAUUGAUAAUGACUGGGUUAAUUCAUUGCUUCUGAAUUUACCCCUUGGAGUCGGAGCUUUGUCGAGCUUCUUGUUCCUUCUCUUUCCUACUAACCGCAGAGGAAUUGGAUAUGCAGACAUGGCUGCUAUUUGAUAAGCUUAAGCUUCAGUAUCUACAGUUUCGUUUGAUUUCCCGUUAUUUAUUAUGUGAAGAUCUAUAGAUAUAACUAUACGGCAACUAUACAUAACGUUUACAAUGAAUUUUAUUUUACCUAACUGAA